AUGCUCGCUAUUGUGCUCUUCGGGCUGGUGGCCGGCGCUUACGCGGCGCCCCAGUUCUUCCACCGCCACCACCACGGGCCGUUCCCCCGAGAUGACGACCUCGCUGGCUAUCCCUACUUCCAAGACGAGAUCUUCGACGCGAGACGCUUCUGGGCGGAGCUCUCGCGCGAAAUGGCGAUGUUCGACCAGAUGAUGAACGACUUCACAAAGCAUUUCCCCAGCAGCGUCUCCAGCGAGGGCGUUGACCCCGAGACCAACCAGUACAAGGUAACGAUACCGCUGAGCGGUUUCGAAGAGAAGGACGUGGUGGUUAAGGCGCGCGAGGGGGUCUUGAUGGUGCAGGCGGUGAGCAAGCCUGAGGGGGGUAUGGCAAGGAAUUACUUGGACGUGAGGACCCUGCCGGAUUACGUUAACGUGAAUGGCAGCUGGACGUUAAGCGGGGGCGUUCUGAAGGUCGUCUUUCCGCUGCUACAGCGAGGGGAGGAGACCACGACUGAGAUUUCCACUCAGCUGCCGGAGGAGCUCAAGCCGGAGAGUAGGGAGGAAGUGGACAAUCGCGGUGGUGAUGUCGACGCCGAUGUUGGUGUGAUAAGUGGUGACACGGCUAAAGAAACCGAGCUAAUGACCAACGAGAUCCCUGAUCGGGAGCCCGUGGAAGCUACAACAUACGCCGUAGACCUAAAAGACGAAGUGGAGUUCGUGCCUGUUCGUUAU